AUGAGUGGUAUACUCGCUCAUCGGAGCUCUACUUCAAUGGAUGGACCAAUGUUGGCAGCUUCUCCUUACUACAAACUGAAAGAGCCUCCUUUAUCGACGAGGAAGCAAGCAGUAAGUUUUUUUUACUUUUUAAAUAGUUAUUAAUAUUUCUGUGAAUUUUAAACUAUGAAUUGAGUUGUUUGGGUAAAAAAUUUAUCAAUGUGAGUCUAAUCUUGUUUUGGCACAAAAUUAGGUAACACUUGCUAUUAGGUGAUUGCAAAAGUUUCUGGCCGAUUUUUCAAAAUUUUUUUUCAAAAUUUUGCACUGUUCUAGAACUUCCUGUUGGCAACCUGUAUAAAGAGGUGUCCAAGGACUAAAAACUAUUGCAUGUUCAUGCUUUCUGUUGUUUACGGUAGUUCAAGAAAUCAAGGUGAAACACAAUCAUGUUCGGCCAGUGUUGUUUCUCAAAUUCCGCAAUCACGGCAACGCAACAAGAGCGACGUAGAAAAUAUGCAGUGCUGUAGGGCCUUUAGUUGUCUCUUACGACACCACAAAAGUUUGGUUCCACAAGUUCAAAAACGGUGACUUUGACAUGUCCGAAAAGUUCGAUCUGGUAGACCAUCAGCGUUGAAGAAACCCCACCUUCUGAAGCUGAUCGAAGAAGAACUCCGACGAACCUGUACUUAUUUGACUGUAGAGCUUCAGUGUGACCCUUCUACCACAUUAAUUAGACUUCACGCCCUUGGGAGAUUACGGAAAUAUGGUCAAGAAUUUCCACAUGAUUUGAACAGCGACCAGCUGAACGUCGAGUAGAAGUUUGCACUUGUUUGUUAAUGCUCCCAAGGAACUUUGAAUGGCUUGACAAUUUGGUUACUGGGGAUGAGGAGCGGGUACUGUAUGUUAAUCACACCAGUAAGAAACAAUGGCUUGAACGUGGAGAACAGGGUGUAUCAACCUCAAACCUGAUCUUCACCCACUGGAUAAGAUGAUCAGCUUUAGCCGGAACUCAACAGGUAUGGUGUUCUGGGAAAUGGUACCACAUGGAACUACGAUCCUUGUGGAUGUCUACUGUAACCAAAUUAAAUUUGUUUUCGCGGCAUUGCAUGUUAAACAGGAGCGGAUCUUCUUCAUUCAUGAUACUGCUUGCGCCCUUGUGACAAAGUUGACCCAACACAAGCUCAAAAGCCUCGGCUGGACUGUGAUGUCAUAUGCACAGUACUCACCUGAGGUUGCACUAACAGAUUAUCAUAUGUUCCACUCUCUUCAAAAUCACCUUAACGCAACACGCUUUGACAAUCGAGAGUACCUCAAGAGGUGGUGGACUAACUUUUUCAAUUCUCAAACUCCAGGUUUCUAUAGAAGUUGAAUCCAAAUGCUGCCGAAGGAAUGGCAACAGGUCGUUUAUAAUAAUGACACAUAUAUUUGUUAAUUAGUUAUUGUUGUUUUUUUUAAAUAUUAAAUUUUGGUAAAAACAAAAAUCGGCCAGAAACUUUUGCAAUCACCUAAUAGAUUAUCUAUGUAAAUGCCUAGAUAAUAUGUUUUGGACGAUUUUAUAAAAGUAAUGUUUUAGAAGAAGAUGACGCCGAGACUUAUUAAAUCGACCGGUCGAAGGCCUCAGCAAAGAAGUGGACGUGUUUUAGAAAUGCUCGUCAUGAAGUAUCCUUAUGCCAGGCCUGUUUCUUGUAAUGUAACUGACUUCUUAUUGGACGAUAGCUACGUUCCUAGCACUACAGUGUCGUAUCUCGAACAAGUUUAUGAAAGAUUGGGGACAUUGGGCGACGGAUCGUUUGGCGUGGUAUAUCAUAUUAGACAUAGGAUAACUGGCGAAGAAUUUGCGGUAAAAUGUCUGACAGAUCCGUACAAAGGAAAUAACGACAGGAGGGAGAAGAUCCGGGAAGUGUACCUACAUCAGAAAGCGAUGAAGCACGAGAAUGUUCUUCAAAUGAAGAUGGCAUGGGAAGAGUGGGACAGACUGUACAUGGUAACAGAGCUGUGUUCCUCAACUAUGACAUCAUUGAUGGAAAAGGAAGUUCCGGAACCAUUGGCUUGGACCGCGUUGAUAGACAUGGCUCAUGUAAGUGUUACCCAAAUUUAUGAAUAGUUAACAUUUUUUGAAACGUGAAUUUUGUAGAGGUUUUUGUUGUAUAAGUGUUGAGGAAGAAACCGUUUAAAUCUUUUUAAAAAUUUUUAUUUUAGGCUUUGGAGUCUCUCCAGCAGAACAGGAUAAUCCAUAAUGAUAUCAAGCCCGAGAACAUCUUUGUGGACAAGAACGGCGUUUUCAAGAUUGGCGACUUUGGAAUGGCAAUCGAUUUGGAAACUGAGACGCUUGAAAUAGGACUUCGAGAAGGAGACAGUCAAUACCUGGCGACUGAAGUGCUGGCCGAUGGACCGUCAUUUGCUUCUGAUAUUUUCUCUCUUGGCUUGACGAUCUUCCAGUUUGCAACUGACUUGUUGUUACCUAAAGGAGGCACGGAACGGUGGCACGAGUUGAGGAAUCUGGAGAUUGAUGACAGUAUUACGAAUAGUAAGUUUUGCAGAACUUAAUUUUAAUUUUAAAAGCUGUGUUGAAUUUACGUGAAAAGGUUUAAAUGUUCUGUUUUAGUUAUAUCCAAAGAUCUGAAGGAUAUUCUUUUGCGAAUGAUGGAUCCAGAACCCACAGUUCGUUUUACGGUCGAAGAACUCUUAAAUCGACCGGAAUUGACGUCGAGAAUGCAAUCUAGAUUACACCGGUUCUUAAUAAGAUUGGUAUGGUUGGUUAUGUUUUUGUUUCACAUUACAGUAUUGUUUAGUUUUGUCGUCUUGUCUUUGGAUUUCUCUACUUUAACGGCGUUAUCUAUUUUCUACUGCCUCUUUAGUACGUUUACUCUACUUCAAUUUAAAAACUGGUUUAUUCCAUUCCGUUUUCAGCAGACAAAGUUGUCGAAUGUUGCUCAGAAGUUGGGGUUGAUUGCGGGCACAAGCUCAGAACGGCCUGAAGAUGAACCGUGCUCAUCAGACCGAACUCCGCCUCAAACAUUAGCUUCCCCUCCAUUACCUGAUCCUAGGUUUUCUCGGGAUUUUAACAGGAACAUUGAUGAUGACGAUGAUUUCAUGACAGAGCUUUCACCAGGUGAUCGUGCGAGAAUGAAUCAGAUUAAGAGGGAGUACGAGCUAAGUCACGGUAUACACACACCACUAAGAUCAGCCAAAAGCGUCGGUCUUCGGAGUCCGAAGAGUUUGAGGAAACGGCUGGCUAGUAUGAGGAUGACAUUAGAUGAAAGGUUAAGUGCGAUGGAUUCAGAAGAACCGACAAAGCAAGAUCAUCAACCACCGGUGCUGAAGUUUUGA